UGACGGUGCAGCAACCAAGUCGACCACUUUUUGUGCGCGCCCGCAACGCUUUAACCGGACCGCACGAUGUCCCACGCCGUUUUUGAUAAUAAUUUUUGUUCUUAUCUCUCAAAACGGUAUUGAGUUUCACGUUGGUUGAUUUGUUAUAGUUUUAUUUAAAUAUAUAAUUUAAUAUUAAUAAAAAAUAUCGUUGAUUAUACAUAAAUAUAUUUAUUAUUUUCAAUAUUAAUAUUUUUUUUUUAAAUUAUUAACACUUUUUAAACAUUUGGUUUGCAUCGUUACAACGGACGCGGCGGUGGCCGUAAGUACGUGCCCGCGAAAUUCGACGCAUUUAUUAUAGUUUUAUGGAUUACUUUGAGUACCAGAAAAUAUCCGUACAUGUUGUAGAUUAGGUUGAGCAAUGGGCCUCGAUGGGGCCAAGGCAGUGGUCGUGUUAUUACUGUACGCGUUUAGACUUCAACACAAGGCGAACGCCGACAUUCGAGUGGGCAACGCCAUUAACGUCUUCAACCGUUAUGGAUACUUCAGUAUAAGUAUGAGGGUUGUCCCCAGGAACGACACGGACCAUUCGUGGAUAUUCAGAGAACCUACAGUCGACGUUUUCACGAAUUUGGCGGGAAAACAAAGCCUGAAGAGAAGCAUCGGCGGAGGUCAAGUUUUCCAAGGGGACUUUCACAUGGAAUUUUGUGACAAUGUCAAACAGCUGAUGCAAGCUUAUUUUCGAGACUUUUCGGUAGAAAGGUUGGAUAAGCCGUGGUUGGCGUUUACCGGAAGCUGGACGAAAUCUACUUUGGCCAGAAAUUUAGGUUUAGAAAUGUCUUACGUAACAGGCGAUUAUUGUUAUGUGCUCGUCAGGGUGGCUAGGCACAGGGAGAUAGCUAAUCUGGCGACGGACAUGGACAACAGUGACCUUCACGAACCGGUGGCCAAACAAGCGGCCUCGGUUAAUGUCGGCGAUAGUGUGUCGGUCAUCGAAUUCGUCAAAAGUUUUGGAUCUCAUUAUGUGACGUCAUACAUCACCGGCAAUUCUCUUUAUCAGGUUUACGUGUAUAACGCAAAUACUUACAAGGUAAUCAAAGAACGGCUGAAAUCAAAAGGAGUGUCUCAGAUCUCUAACCAAGAAUUGACAGGUUACUUCUCGCCGUGGUACGCAGAGCACGUGGGAAAAAUUCAGUCAGCUAGCGGCAACGAAACCGUGGAAAAUUGGGCUUUACACAGGCUUAGGGUGAAGUUCUAUUUUUUUACGUACGCUUCCUUGUUGAAGUUGCACGGAGACCCGAAGCUACUGAGUGAGCUAAACGGCAUGCUGGGCAACGAAGCGCUGUUAAAACUUGGACUCAAAACUUUGGCACCAGCGUUCAAAGACGAUCAAAAGCGAGCGUGGUUCCACGAAGUCAUGGACAAUAAUUUAAAACUCUGGGAAGUCAAUAUGUAAUAGUGAUUUUUUUUAUAUAGAAAUAUAAUAUAUGUUUAUUAUUAUAGUAGAUUUGAUAAACUAGUAUUUUUGUUAGCGAGGUAACACUCGCAUACCCCUCAAAUACCAAAUUAUUCAGUGUAAGUAUCUUAAUAUUGCAAUAAUUUAUAAUUUUUUAAUAUUGUGUUAUCAUGUUGAACAACGAGUUUGUAUUAUAAAUAAUUUAGUCACUAUAAUAUUAUUUUUUUUUAAUAAAACUUUAUUUAAGCAAACAAAACAUUUUAUUUUUAUUGU